AUGUCGCACCCAGCUCGCCUGUCCCUGCGAGCCCCGCCUCAUCUCCCCUUCGUACAAGGUUUUCCAGGGAUUCCCGGCGGAAAAGACCGGAAACAAGCGGCUCUCUGCGGAACCGUCGAAGUCCGGGUCGGUGCGCAGCCCAUCAAGGCGAAAUGGGUUCGGGUGGAAUGUCGGAAACACGAGUCGCUCCCGGCUGGCUUCCCGGCGCAGGCGCAAACGGACAGCUGGGAGCUCGUCGGAGAGAUAAUCACGCUCUGGCAAGCGCAGGGGAAGGAAUUCGAUACUCUCCAAACGGCCGACUUCAAAUUCUUCCUCCCCCUGCCAGAGACGCUGCCGCCAACGGUGGAGAUGGCAAAGGGAACGGGUGUGUGGUAUGAGCUGGUCGCGGCUCUGAGCUACAGGAAGAAGGGAGGGAUCUUCAAGUCGGACUCGGCAACGAUCAUGAAGAUUACGGAGCCUAUCCGGGUCACCAAGCACGAGCUGCACGCGGUCUGGCCGGUCUACAACCACCCGGAUCAAAAGUCGGUCGCGGGACAGGACCUCACCAUGACGAUACAACGGCCAGGCGUCGCUUUCGGUCCCGCCGACCGGAUCCUCCUUACCGCUUCCCUCAAAUCCGCGCGAGCUCUUCCCUUCAAGCUCCGCGGCUUUGAGUGCACCCUCCUCGAGGUCGUCUCCUACAUCCCCGAACCUCUCAUCCCGUCGAAAGAUGGCAAGCGCAAGCCUAAGGGUUCUUCUCAGCCCGUCGUCAAAUCUCGGCCAAUAUCCCAGGCGAGAUGCGCGGUGGACGAGAGCGUAUUCUCUGGCGGGGAGCGGUCGGCGAGGAUAGAUAUGGCGGUCCCGGCGGAUGUGCUGGUCACGGUGCGGGACGCCAAGACGCUGGAGGUGGGGUAUGAGCUGCAGGUCAAGGCGGUCUGCGAUGGGUUCGAGGGACCGGUCGUCCCGGGGAUCAAGUAUGUGGUGGGGCAGUAUAGCAGGUCCUCGGCGCAGCAAGCCAUGAGUGAUAUUGGUCAUAUCGAUCAACUAUGUGGUGGACCGCCAAGAUCCGCACGACCUCAAUCGUCUAUCUUCACAGUCAAUACGCCACCCCUUAGCGCGAACGGCUCUCCUGCACCGCAGGGGUUCGUCGCUCCGGACCCCCGGCGCGUCUCCACUUCCACCAUCACUACAGUCACCACCGCCGAGCGCGCCGGCGAUUUCUCUCCCACUCCCUCCACUCGUCCCUACUCUACCGUCCCCAAUCGCCAAACUCUCACCUUCCCCAUCGCUCAACCCACCCCCAUGCCACUGCCCGGCAGCCCCGCUCCGGGAUCUAUCAGCGAGUUCUCGCACUCCCAGAUGGACGCGACAAGCGAUACCGGACAUACCAACCGCUACUCCACCAUGACCACCGGAACUUUCGGAAAGUGGGAUCAGACCCUCCGCAGCAACAUGCAGGCGGCGCUCACACCGCCCAUCACGCCGGAUCUCAGCUCGGCUUCCAAACCCACCUGGGACUCGGCUGAGCGGGAGAAAAUGGACCUUUACACUCGGGCAAGGCAGAGUGCAGCGUCUACUCAGCACUCCGGCGGAGCCGCGCUGGAUCAACUCGGGCUGGCGGACAUACCGGACAUCGACGUGGCUCCGCCAGAGUACGCGCCACCCGUCCCUGCGCUGCCGGGCGGAAAGUAUCAGCCUCCCGUACGGCCCGUCUCGGCCUACACGUCCCCGGAUCCCAGCACGUCAAGUGCGGUGCCCUCGCCUGAGCUGGAUGGGCCGUCAUCUCCGAUACUCUUCACGGCGGGACCAAAUGGCUCAGGCGGUAUUGCACGAACGGAGAAUGCGGGGUCACCGAAUGCGGCGGACGUCAGAUCGACCCUACCAGCCGCCGUCGGAGCUGCAGGCGCGGCUGGGACUUCCGAGAGCCCGGCGCGUGCCGAUCUGGCGUCUGGAUUGAGCGAGAAGGAGCAGAUGAGGCGGUAUUAUGAGGCGAAGGACAGGGUGAAGAAUCGGGGCGAGGGAUCAUCGGCCUAUGUGCCGGCAGGUCCAUCGCCCGCGCCCACUCCGGUGCUGAGCGAAAGGGAGCAGAUGAGGCGAUACUACGAGGCAAAGGACAAGGUGGACAACAGGGGUGAGGGGUCGUCGGCGGCCGCGUCUACGUCCGCACCAGCUUUCGCCGGCUCUUCACCAGCACCAGUACCUACUCCCGUCCUCAGCGAGAAGGAGCAGAUGCGGCGGUAUUACGAGGCGAGAGAACGGGUGGAACAAUCUCAGCAGGGAACAGCGUCGGGGUCAGGGAUCGCGCCGUCAGGGUCAGCACCCCCAGCUGGACCGGUGGCAUCCGGAUCUGGCUCUGGCUUUGCACCAAACGGGUCACACGCCUAUCCUUCAGCGACGGACGAGAAGGACGCGAUGCGGAGGCGGUACGAGGACGCGACUACUCGGGUUUCGCGAGGCGGAACAGCCAGCCCGGCCAUCAUGGACUCGCCCACAACCUACUUCCCCCCAAGCACAUCCACCCAACCACCGCCCUUCUCACCAUCAACUACCACCGGCUCCUCCGACCGCGCACCUAUUCCAACAUCAUCUUACCCCUCUGCGACGGACGAGAAAGAGCGCAUGCGUCGUUUGUACGAAGAUGCCAACCAGCGCGCUUCUCGAGCACGGGCUUCGCUUAGUCCCCCGCCAGAAGCCCCGCCUCGAUUCUCUGCACCUCCUGCUGUCCCUCCAUCACCCAUUCCUGGUCCGAACGGCGUAUCCAGCUCCAUCAUGCCGAUCGCACCGCCCACCCCAUCCUCCAACCCACUUGGCUUCUCGUCAUCCUUGGACGCUGGGCCAAGCUCAUCUGCCGCUCCGUCCACCACUCCGGCAUACCCAUCGGCGGAGCAGGAGAAGGAGAGUAUGCGGAGGCGGUACGACGAUGCCAGCUCGGCAGUCUCGCGCGCUAGGGUCGCGUCGGGAGGCGGAGGAUCUGAAGGGAUGGCGAGGGGGAAGAUGGGGAGCGGAGAGAGCGCUAGGGAAGGAUCAGGCGGGGCAGGAGAGGAAGAUACUGGGGCGCCACCGCCGCCGUUGCCGUCUAGGCCGCCGGCGGAGUAUAUCAACCUUUUGAGUCCAGUGGGGGAGUCUGCGCCUUGGGGAAGGGAUAGGUAG